UUCUUCUUCUUGCGAUUUUAUGCUACCUACCCACCUGCUUGUUGUGCUCAGAAGUGGGUGGUGGCACAGGAUUCAAUUCCAUGUAAUACGCAGGCCGAUCAAACCCUUCAUUCAGUUACAUUCCACCCACGGUCAGCAGCAAUUUGGUGUUCAAUUGAGUAAAAAUUAAGUACGAAAAACCGGCUGUUAAUACCCAUAUCAAGGUCCAUACACAGUUUAGCCUGCCGAAAAUGUGCAACUUGAGCCAUUCCAUCGAGUCGAUUAACGUUACGGACAACGAAAAAUUCACGUAUCCAAUUGUACUGUUAAAGGGUGUGAUAGUCAAUCGAUGUCCGGAAGGAGAGCUGAAAUUGCAAAUCGAUAAUUGCGACUGGCCAGCAUCCAAAGAUGUAAGAUUCAUCAAUGACAAACGAGGUCAAUUUAAAGUGAUAUUUAGGUUGAAGCAUGGAGAAAAUCGUGUUUUAAUUGAGUACUGCAAUCAUUCGAUGGAAGUUCACUUGUUCUACGAAGGCUCCGAGAACCCAUAUUCCAUUACACCCCUCUACAUAAUAUGCAGCGGUCACGAUGGACGUUACCAGUCGGACACGGAUGAAAAUGAUAUUGGAAACGCGUGUCAUAAAAUUUCCCUUGGGAUUGAAUUGGUGCAAAGUCUUUACGCGGAAAAGCUUUCAGAGAAAGGUUGGGGAAGAAAGACGUUCACCAUCAGCGGGAGAUGCGUACCUUUUCAUAGCUCUUUGCCGGUUGAAGACUCGAAACGCAUGUCGGAUCAGCAAUUGUGGAACUUCUUCGCCAAGGAAAUACUCCAGUCGGACUUCUUCUUAACAGACAAACAAAAAUUCAUAGGCUUCAUCAGCAGUACAUACUACGAAGGAAUAUCGGACAACGACUUCUCGUACGAGAAUAUCAAACGAAGAACCACGGGAAAUGCUGCUCUCGGUGGAGGUGGACUGGCACUUUUCGGAACAGGGUGUCUUUAUACGUGGCCCAACAGAUUGGAAGACAUUGUACCUGCUUUUUUGAACAUCAAACAAGUCGAUCGCGCUCUGAUGAUGGACGACAGUAAUUAUAGAUACACCUAUGGGGGUUGUUACGCCACCACCAUCGGAUCAGUUUGCCACGAAAUGGGCCAUAUUUUCGAUCUUGGUCAUACGAAGGACGGCAUCAUGGGCCCAGACUUGGAUCACAUCAACCGUGUAUUCACACUGAUCUCCAACACCGAAGAUCUUCCGGAUCGGAUCGUUGGUCGUCACGCGCCGGAUCGAAAACCGCUAAACAGAAAACUGACUCAAAUCAAGCGUCCGGGCGAAUUUCUGCGAAAGUAUCAACAGCAGAAGGAAAGUGACGUGACGUUUUUCGCGGAUAAUUGUGCUAUAACUUUACAAUUGCACAAAUGGUUCAAUUAUGGGCUCAGCACUAACGAAAAUAAUUGUGAUACUAGGCUAAGCUUCAACUUCGUAACGCGACACGUGACUAGUGUUAAUUCGACACUGAAACUGAUUGAACUUCGUGAUAGAGAGGACGGGAUGCUAAGAAAUUAUUGGUCAUUUUUAGACAGUGAUACCGAAUGCUUUCAGGUUCCAGACCAAAUCCGUCUGGAGGGACUGACUUUGUUUGUGAUCGACAAUUUCGGCAACAUUUUGAAGCAGGACCUUUAAAGAACAAAACAAAUGAAAACUUGUUCUCGGUACCUACCAGAAUCUCAUAGAAAUAGUUUUAGAAAACCAGACCAAAAAUAAAAUUGUAUUGCUAGAACGUUGCGAAGCAAUCUGAAAUUAGAAUAGUCAUCGGUUUAUAUAUAUUUGAGAGCUCCUUUAGAAAAGGCAUUCCAAAAUAAGUGUGUUCCAAAACCUGCUUCAAUGAUCAAAUCGGUCUAGUCUUAGUAGAUAACAAAAAUAUCCAUUUAGUUGGAUUGUAUUUACUCUCGUUUUUUGCAUGAAUAAUAAACGAAUAGAACAGCAUUGAA